GUUAAAGCCGAAACCCUAGAUACCGAAAAGAAAAUAAAUCCUGAAAAUUCCCCCAAUUUCUAUCAUCCCCCGUUCCUACUUCUCGUCGUCGGUCUAAAUCACUUCCGUGAAAAUAAAAUGGACUACUCAUCUCCGCCGCCGCCAAUGGGUGGUAAAUCGCCGGAGGCAGUGAUGGAACAGAUGCAGACGCAGCUCGCUCAAGCUUAUGCGGAGGAGUUCAUCGAGACACUGAGAGUUAAAUGUUUCGACAAAUGCAUAACAAAGCCAGGAUCAAGCCUUAGUGGAGGUGAGAGUAGCUGCAUCUCUAGAUGUGUUGAUCGUUACAUGGAGGCUACUGGAAUCAUCAGCCGAGCUCUUUUCCAACAACAACGUUGAUGCACAGAUUACUUGCUCAACUUUCCGAGUCGAUUUCUUUAUUGAAAAAAGCUAUUUACUUGUUGAAAUCUUUGGCCAUCCUCAGGUUUGGUUUUUGAUUUUGAAGAAUUAUAUUAAACUUAUAAGAGUGUUUGAACAAUCUACGCUUAUAAUCUGAUUGUCAUGCCUUUAAAUUUUUA